GGACAUCAGGGAGCAACGUUGACAUGGCACUGGUUUCAUAGAUACAGUAAUCAAACUGUAUUUACUCUACUUUUUUAACCAAACCCUGAGAGGUGUGUUCUCUGUGGAUUGACUUGUCUCUUCUCUGAUCUCUUGCCUCUUCCUCCAUCUCUCACACUGCUAUUUUUCCUCCCUCUUAUUUUACUGUCUGUCCAUGUCAGAGGCCCAUGAGCUGGGUGUGGGCUACUUUACAUUUUCUCAGGACCAGGAGCAGCGCAGGAAGCAUACUCUGGACAUGCUCAGACACCAGACGAGAGACCAGCGCAGUAAGUGGGAGCAGUUGAAGGAGAACAGGAAGGCUCUGCUGAACGCUCAGUUGGCCAAGGUGAGGCAAAGGAAGAUGAAGACUAAGCUGGACGGAACACAGGACGACCAGGGAGCUGGACCCAAACAAGAAGAGGAUGAAGCCCAUGAGGAGGCCCCGGCAGUGAAGAAGUUGGAGGUAGAGAUCCAAGAGAGAAGAGACACCAAGUCAGGAGUACCCCACGUCAGGGAGUGGGACAGGGGCAAAGUGUACUUUUUUGGCAAGUGGACGAGUCGGCGGCAGGAUGAUAGGGAGUCAGAGUUCACUCCUCCCUCUGUGUACUUCAGCGACGAUAAGAGACAGGGCUACGGGAAAUGGGCCAAACGGGAGCAGGACAAACCCAAAAUGGCCUUCAUGUGGUCAGAGGGGCAUGGUGGAGGGCAUACACCCCAGGCCAAGCCCAAAAGUAGUUCGUUACCCCAGCCCCAGUCAAGUACCCCUAUACCCUCUCAACCCACAAUGCUAUUCAUUGACUACAGCUCAGCGUUCAACACCAUAGUACCCUCAAAACUCAUCACUAAGCUAAGGAUCCUGAGACUAAAUACCUACCUCUGUAACUGGAUCCUGGACUUCCUGACGAGUGUAGGUAGCAACACAUCUGCCACGCUGAUCCUCAACACUAGCUCCACAGGGGUGCGUGCUCAGUCCCCUCCUGUACUCCCUGUUCACCCACGACUGCAUGGCCAGGCACGACUCAAACACCAUCAUUAAGUUUGCAGACGACACAUCAGUGGUAGGCCUGAUCAAAGACAACGACGAGACAGCCUAUAGGGAGGAGGUCAGAGACCUGGCCGUGUGGUGCCAGAAUAACAACCUAUCCCUCAACGUAGCCAAGACUAAGGAGAUGAUUGUGGACUACAGGAAAAGGAGGACCGAGCACGCCCCCAUUCUCAUCUACGGGGCUGUAGUGGAGCAGGUUGAGAGCUUCAAGUUCCUUGGUGUCCACAUCAACAACAAACUAGAAUGGUCCAAACAUACUAAGACAGUCGUGAAGAGGGCACGACAAAGCCUAUUCCCCCUCAGGAAACUAAAAAGAUUUGGCACGGGUCCUGAGAUCCUCAAAAGGUUCUACAGCUGCAACAUCAAGAGCAAUUGCCGUACCAGGCAUCAGUACGGCAAUUGCUCGGCCUCUGGCCACAAAGGAACUACAGAGGGUAGUGCGAAUGGCCCAAUACAUCACUGGGGCUAAGCUCCCUGCCAUCCAGGACCUCUACACCAGGCAGUGUCAGAGGAAGGCUCUAAAAAUUGUCAAAGACCCCAGCCACCCCAGUCAUAGACUGUUCUCUCUACUACCUCAUGGCAAGCGGUACCGGAGUGCCAAGUCUCGGACAAAAAGGCUUCUCGACAGUUUUUUUCCCCCAAGCCAUAAGACUCCUGAACAUGUAAUCAAAUGGCUACCCUGACUAUUUGCAUUGUGUGCCCCCCCCCAACCCUCUUUUUACACUGCUGCUACUCUGUUUAUCAUAUAUGCAUAGUCACUUGAAUGUAUAGUUAAUGUACAUACUACCUCAAUUGGGCCGACCAACCAGUGCUCCCACACAUUGGCUAACCAUGCUAUCUGCAUUGUGUCCCGCCACCUGCCAACCCCUCUUUUACGCUACUGCUACUCUCUGUUCAUAUAUGCAUAGUCACUUUAACCAUAUCUACAUGUACAUGGUACCUCAAUCAGCCUGACUAACUGGUGUCUGUAUGUAACCUCGCUACUGUAUACAGCCUGUUUUUUUUACUGUUGUUUUAUUUCUUUACUUACCUGUUGUGUACCCAACACCUUUUUUGCACUAUUGGUUCGAGCCUGUAAGUAUGUUGUAUUCGGCGCACGUGACAAAUAAACUUUGAUUUGAUCCCCUGGUUAGCACCAAAACACUGUCCAACCCCAAAAUGCACCUCCAGCCCCUCAGUGCUCCCCUCAAGCCCCCACCUUAGUACCCUCCCAACAGCCCCAACCCCACCAACAUACCCUCAGUUUGCUUCCCCAUUUCAGUCCCGAUUUGUACCUCCACCCUUUCACCUUCAGUAUCUUCCUCAACUUCAGUAUGCAGCCCCAAACUCAUCCCCAGUGCCCCCCUCAGCCUCAGACCCAGCUCCCUUCCCAGAGCCUGGAUAACAUGCUGUCCUUCAGCAAGAACUCUGCUUGAUACUCACAGACACACCUGUAUUAAACUAACCCAAACACAUAAACAACGUCGAUGGGUGUUAGACUAUAGUGACGUUACCAUGAUCUUUAAACCCCUCAGAGGGCACCAAAGAGAUGGACCCAUUUUCGUAAUCUGAUCUUGGAUUUAGACUGCUGAUCUUGUACAUGUGUGGUGAUUGUGUGUUUUGAGUGACAGGACAAUACAGAGGAUCAGCCACGAUGUAAUAGCUGUUUUCUGGGUAAGUACAGGCAUUGAGACGUCUCUGGAUGCUUGUCAUUAAAUUCAAACAUAUGCAAUUACCUGUGAUCAUUUAAAUGGAUCUAUGGAAUAUACACUGCUCAAAAAAAUAAAGGGAACACUUAACACAA